UCUUUCCCCUUGCUCUUUUAUAUAUAUCCUCCCAUUGUUCUUCACCUCCUUCCUCACUCUCUCCGCUUGUGGUCUGCUCGUGCCGUUGUAGCCUUUCUCUCAGCUUGCAAAAAGCCUGUCUGCUUACCAAGAAUAGUUGCAAUGGGGAAGUGCUAUCCCACUGUUAGCGAGGAAUACAAGAAGGCUAUUGAGAAGUUGAGGAGAAAGCUUAGAGGAUUCAUUGCUGACAAGAACUGUGCUCCUCUCAUGCUUCGUCUUGCAUGGCACUCUGCUGGAACUUAUGAUGUCUCGUCCAAGACUGGAGGUCCAUUUGGAACCAUGAGGCUCAAGGCUGAGCAAGCUCAUGGUGCCAAUAAUGGUCUUGACAUUGCAGUUAGGUUGUUGGAGCCAUUCAAGGAGCAAUUCCCUAUUGUCUCUUAUGCAGAUUUCUAUCAGCUUGCUGGUGUUGUUGCUGUUGAAAUCACUGGGGGACCUGAUGUUCCUUUCCAUCCUGGGAGAGAGGAUAAGACAGAGCCCCCAGUUGAAGGUCGUCUUCCUGAUGCCACACAAGGAAAUGAUCACCUAAGAGAUGUGUUUGUCAAACAAAUGGGACUCUCCGACAAGGAUAUUGUUGCUCUCUCUGGUGGCCAUACCCUGGGAAGGUGCCACAAGGAGCGCUCUGGAUUUGAAGGCCCUUGGACUACCAACCCACUCAUCUUUGAUAACUCUUACUUUACAGAGCUUCUGAGUGGUGAGAAAGAAGGGCUUCUACAAUUGCCCACUGACAAGGCACUUCUUAAUGAUCCCGUUUUCCGCCCACUAGUUGAAAAAUAUGCUGCAGAUGAAGAUGCCUUCUUUGCUGACUAUGCAGAGGCUCAUUUGAAGCUCUCUGAACUUGGAUAUGCCGAAGCUUAAGCUGCUAUUGAACAAGGUAGAUGGAAAUGGCGUGUUUUUGCUUAAAUCCUUAGAAAUUCCUGGCUUGGCUCGAGUACUUUAGUUUCGACUCUAGUUUCUUCUACCUUUUGUUGUGCUCUGAAACUGUAUGCGAAAAUCAUUUUCCAGCAAAAUAAUUUCUGAAUUUUCUAUUAUGCUUUUUCGCUCAAA